UUGGUUCCUUGAUGAUACUCCAAUAAGAUUAUUAUCAAAAUCACAUCCGAAUGAACAUUUUUUUUUUAAACCAAAAAAAAUCAAUCUUUUCCCCUCAUCCUUAAAUUGGCUGACUCAUUCUUCCAUCCCCAAUUUUAUCUCCAUCCCCAUUUCCCAAACAAAAUAUAAACAAAAUCAUACCACCAGCAAAUCAACACCCAAAAACCGUUUAAAAGAAACCCCCUCCAAAAAAAUCAAAAUCCACAAAAUUAAACUUUACUGAAAUCAAAUAUGGCAAAAGGGGUUGGGCAAAUGGCGAAGGCAGCCGUAGGAGACGCAAUUAUGUCCUUCGGAUGGAUGUUUACGGCUCCGACACUCGGUGUCGCCACCUCGAUCGCGGCGACGGCUUUUGGGGUGGAGAAGGAAAGUCACUUGAUCCACGCCAUCUUCGCCGCUGUUAUAAUGGUUCACAUAGUAUUUUGUGAUAGUAUGGCGGUGGUGCUUGGUGGGGCUAGCUUUAAUCCCACUGCUAACGCCGCCAUGUAUACUGCCGGUAUCGGUGAGGAUACUCUUUUGUCCAUGGCCCUUCGCUUUCCUGCCCAGGCUGCUGGUGCUGUUGCCGGUGCAAUAGCAAUCUCGGAAGUGAUGCCAAGUCAGUACAAACACAUGUUGGGAGGACCUUCUAUUAAAGUGGACCUGCAUACUGCAGCCAUGGCAGAAGGGGUAUUGACUUUUCUUAUAACAUUGGCUGUCCUCAUCAUUAUCAUCAGGAUUCCAGGUGGUAUGUUUGUGAAGACCUGGCUGCUUGCCAUGGCUACUGUGACUUUGGUUAUUGCUGGCUCCAGUUAUACCGGUCCUUCAAUGAAUCCUGCUAAUGCGUUUGGAUGGGCAUACAUUAGAAAACAGCAUAAUACAUGGGAUCAGUUAUAUGUUUACUGGAUCUGUCCCUUCAUUGGUGCAAUUGGGGCUGCUUGGGUGUUCCGAUUCAUCUACCCACUACCUAAAAAGCAGAAGAAAGCUCCAAAGAACAGGAAAGCAGAGUAGUUUCGAAUGAAAUUAGUUGUUUAUAAAUUAAUGUGGUAUUUAACCACAUUUCUUGAUUUUCAUCUUCUUCAAUGGUAAUAUGAUACUACAUAUUAUCCAAAUUAUGAAUAUUCAUAGGUGUGUAGUAUUUGGUAAGAUGUUAAACAUGAAAUUGUGCAUUUGUGCAAUUAGAUUCUAGUGUUUCAGGUUUUUAUCUCA